AUGGCCGACAGUGAUCUCGAAGCGAUUCGGCACGCGCGUCUACAACAAUUGCAAUCCCAGCAAUCCGGCCAAGGGGCCGGCGCACCCAGCGGUGGAGGCGGAGGAGGAGGCAGCAAAGAAGAUGAGCAACGCUCCCGCGAAGCCGAAGCCCGCGCCUCAAUCCUCUCCCAAAUCCUCGAACCCCUCGCCGCCGACCGUCUCGGCCGAAUCCGCAUGGUCAACGCCCAACGAGCAGAAGACGUCGAAAGCCGACUGAUCAUGCUGGCGCGAUCGGGACAGUUGCGAGCGAGAGUCAGCGAGACGCAGUUGAAGGAGAUGUUGGAGGCGAUUGCGGAGCAGAUCAAGUCGCAGGGUGGAGGGGGCGGGGAGAAGGUCACGGUGCAGAGACGGAAGGGAGGGUGGGAUGAGGAUGAUUUGGAUGAUUUGUUGAAUGAGGAUUGA